AUGAGCGGGCGCUGCUGGGCGGGCGCAGCUUCGCUGCUGCGGGGGCUGAUCGGCCCCGCUGCCCUCGGCCUGGGUGGGAGCAUGAGCCUUUGCGGGACGCCGGCCGCCUGCGCCGCGGGCCCCGCAAGCGGCGGCGGCGGCGGCUUCUCCUCGGCGCGGCUGAGCCCGCCGUGGCUGCGGCUGCCGGAGGUGACGGGCGCGGAGCCGCAGCGGGCCAACGAGCUGCUGCUGCUGCUGCCCCCGGCCCCGCGCGGCCCGGCGCCGCCUCAGCAUCACGUCGUGUACUUCCCGGGGGACGUGCAGAACUAUUAUGACAUCAUGUCUUGCCACCCAGAAAACUUUCAGUGGGAGCACUGGAGUUUCGAAAAUGUUGCUACCAUACUUGCUCACCGAUUCCCUGAUAGUUUUAUUUGGGUCGUAAAGUGUUCUCGAAUGCACUUGCACAAAUUCAGUUGUUAUGACAACUUUGUGGCUAGCAACAUGUUUGGAGCACCAGAGCACAGCACCGACUUUGGAGCUUUCAAGCAUCUCCACGCGUUGCUAGUUAAUGCAUUCAGACUCUCUCAGAAUAUUCUGCAGUCCCAGACAACCGCGCACGGUUUCAGCAAGGAUGCAAAAGUAUCUGCUCGUAAAUCAGAGCCGCAGUCUGUUCCUACAGCAAAUGGCUGCUCAUCCACAGAAAGAGAGAAAGAUUGUGAAUGCUCUAAUAAUUCCGCCAUGAACUUCAUUAUACCAUCUGCUGUAGGUGCAGUGUCGUUUACUUUGAUCGGCUUCAGUAAAGGUUGUGUGGUUUUGAACCAGCUGCUUUACGAGCUGAAAGAAGCUAAGAAAGACAAGGAUACCGAUGCCUUCCUAAAAAACAUAAAAGCCAUUUACUGGUUGGAUGGUGGUCACUCGGGAGGAAGCAACACUUGGGUUACUUAUCCUGAAGUGCUGAAAGAGCUUGCACAGACAGGAAUUGAAGUUCAUUCUCACGUUACACCAUAUCAAGUGUUUGACACAAUGAGGUCAUGGAUUGGGAGAGAGCAUGAGAAAUUUGUACAGAUACUUGAAGAAUUUGGUGUGGAAAUAAAUGAUCAACUACAUUUUGCUGACGAAGUUCCCUCCUUAGAUAACCAUUUCAGAGUUCAUGAAGUAUUUUGAGACUGUCUAAAUAGUAUAUUCAUUGCAAAAGCACUUUUGAUGUGGUAAAUCCUGUUAUCUAGGUUUAAAGCUUUGAGCAGAUGCUUUCUGAAGAGAAUACUAAAUCAGGCCUGAGUUACUAAUAGCUGCCAUAUACCAUUUCAAGUAGCUUCAAAAGGAGGACAUCUGCAAGACGUCAUCAUUUGAUACCUAAAAAGAAAAAAUGCUAUGAAGAGUUAUUCUAUAAAUGUUUUCUGUUGUGUGAGCAUUUAUUGUUAAAUUAUUGACAGAAUUUUUAGUCCUGGAUGUCUACAGUCAUAUGCUGCCUCCAACGGGAAUUUUAAGUACUUGAGACUUUCACGUGUCUGGAUGGAUCAACUUAGUAGCUUCCAGGGCUAAAAACUUCGGUCUCUGUCCAUUAUUUGCUUUAGUUUUUUGGUGUAAGAUAAUGAUUGUUGGAGCAAUCUUGGCUCUCUGUUUUGUUGGAAAUUGUUUUCUUUAGUUAUCUAAAUCUUCCAGUUUUAUAGCGUUUCUCCUAAUUGAAAAGAAAUCACGAGUAUUUACCUUUGGAACAAUAGUGCCAAUCUGUUUUUCUUCUUUGUGAGCGCCUUGCCUUUUCUGUGGCCACAAAGUUUCCUUAACUCAUUGCACAGCAUCUGCUUGUGAAUAGCCAUUUCGCCUGGGAGCUUGAAGAUUUAGACCUAGCUGUGUUGAGUGACCAAGAAUGUUUGUAAGGGUGUAGUUUAUUGCUGUUUAAACGUACCUUGCUAUUGUUUUGAUUGACUUCUGUAAGGACCAGCAGUCGUAUCUGCAUUUUCAGCUCAAGGGGUAUCCUUAGCCCUUCUGAUCUGGGACUGGUGGAAGUUUUUGUUACAAACUGCAGCAUUAGCGUUCAUCUAAAUCAAGCCGUAAGUACGUAAUGCAUGAGAAGUUGCAUUAAAAAUUUUAGGCUGUUGCCUGUAGCUAUUUUGUAGUUCUUCUGUUUGUAGAACUGUUCUCUCCUUUCCACGUAUUGCAGCAGCUGCUUGUAGAGCCACCCAAAAAUCUAUAUUCAAAGCUCAAUGUUCUACACAUCUAGAAAUUAAAAAUGAAAAACAAACAAACCCAACACCCAAUUCUAACUGAAAACAAAGCCAGACAAAUCUUGCUCUUGCCUUGAGCCUGAGUAUUUUUCAACAUGAAAGAUGGAAGUAAUGCAGGGUUUUUUUCAGUUGUAAACAACUUUUUCUAUUGAUCUACAAAUAAAUGUUAGCGAAUCCUUAAAGACAAUUGCAGCUUUUACUGAUGAACCUUGGCGUAAAAUGGCUUUGGAUUUCUUGAAGGGUAGAAAUAUAAAAGCAAGUUAGUGAAAAUUGUAGAGACAAAUUCAGUUCUGAAAAAUAAUUUUUUAUUCAACAUUGUUCCCAUACCCUUCCCCCUUAUUUCUUGCUUCUUGUUAUUCUUAAGCUGUGGAAGGAAAGACCUGGGUCGUCUUUUCUCUGUUGGGAUAUUUUGAAUAUGCAGGUUUCACUGGAGACGUAUUCUGACAUCUCUUGCAAUGUUGAUGCACAUAUUAAUGACCACUGAAGAAUGAGAAAACUUUGUUGAAUUCAGAAAACUUUUUUAAAAACUCAAAAUAUCAAGAGCAAGAAAGAAUUGUGCAUACUUUACACUCGUGGAAGGGAGCUGUCAGUAAUUAUGAGGCCAUUUGUACCACUUUGAUCAAAACUAGAAAUAAGCUAUUUUAAUUGCUGAAGAAAAGAGCACCAUGUAAACCAACUAACGUAAAGGAAUCUGACAUCUAGUUGUAUCUAUGUUUGGUUUUCUUGGAGAUUUUGUUCAACUCUAUUUAUUACCAUUUUAGUGAGAUUCUAAAUGCUUACCUGUUGUAAAGAAGAACUGUUUUGGUCCUUUCGAUGACCCUUGCAUCAUAUGUUAGGACUCUUUUCUCUAAAGGAAAUGUGGACCGCCUUAAAAAUGCUUUUAAUGGCCUCCACAUGCCUGCAGAUUGCUUGAAAUAUCUUUUAAAUUGAAAUAAACAAACAAACGUAUCACUGACCUUGUUCCCUGUCAGUUCAGCUUAUCUGCAAAAUUAACCAGACUAGUUUAGAUAUGCUGAGACUUGCCCUACCCAGUAGCAGUGCAGAUCACAGACCCAUUUGUAGACAAUUUGGUGCCAGCCAAAACAGUGGGAGAGGGUUGGUACAAGCUUUUGAAAACAGCUAUUAAAAUAUUGGCAUCAUCUUCAGAAGUUCCUGAGCGGUUGUCCUUUUGGUGGAGGUGGCUUACAAUAAUUUGGUAAGCAAAAUCAGCUCAAGCAUUGCUGUAUUAGUUUGAAGAAUAAGCACUUUGUUGUAAAGCUAAUCUUACUGUGAGACUUCAUGUUGUGGAGGGAAAACUGCCUGCUUUUUUCAUUCUCUAAUAGUUGUAAUGCUCUGUUGGAUGUGCCUCAUUUAUUACAAUGCAUGCUAAAAAUGAUAUGCAAAGAAUGUAGAAAAUAAACUAUUUAUAAUGGGUGAAAACA